AUGCUGCCUUCGCAAGAAGCAUCUAAGCUAUACCAUGAGAAUUAUAUGAGGAAUUCCAGAACAAUCGGGUUGUUAUGGGCGAUAUUUACGAUAUGCCUCGCUAUCAUCAACGUGGUGGUCUUCACUCAACCCUACUGGAUUGGCGACAGCUUGAGCACGCCACAAGCAGGCCACUUCGGCUUAUAUCAUUACUGUAUUGGGGCUGGCCCCCCGAGCAAGGAGAUGACCUGUCAGGGUACUAUCUCGGACUUCAGCGCCAUCCCCUCCGGCGCCUUCAAAGCGGCGUCCUUCUUCGUGCUGCUGUCCAUGGUUCUCAUCCUCAGCUGCAUCGCCUGCAUGGCGCUCUUCUUCUUCUGCAAUAUCGCCACUGUCUACAAGACGUGUGCUUGGAUGCAGCUUCUCUGUGCCGUGUGCUUGGUGUUUGGCUGCAUCAUCUUCCCUGACGGCUGGGACGCCGAGGUGGUGAGAGACUUGUGCGGGGAGGAGACAGGGAAGUACACCCUGGGAAGGUGCUCCGUGCGCUGGGCAUACAUCCUGGCUAUCAUCGGCAUUCUGGAUGCUCUCAUCCUCUCUUUCCUGGCCUUUGUGUUGGGAAACCGACAGAGUGACUUCUUCUUUGAAGAAGUCAGAACUGAAAACAAAGACAUGGCUGUGUCUAGGAUUGAGGUGCAGGACAGAAGAAACCCUCGGUUCACUGGGCCGAGAUACUGAAGGUUUCCCCCGAGGCAACAC